AUGCAAUGUAUCAAUUGUAUAUACAAUCUAAAAAUAUUCCUUCAUCGCUUUCAUUCUUUAUUCAUCAAUUUUCUUCGCCAUUUCUUCUUUUCAUCUCCAUCUCUUUCUUCUUCAUUCCUUCUCUUCUUCUUAAUUUCUUUCCUUCUUUAUUCCUUGUUUAGUUCUUUAUGUCUUUCCUUCUUCAUCCAUGUUUUCUUCUUCAUCUUUUUCUUCUUCAUUUCGUGUUUCUUUCUUCAUCGCUUUCCUUCUCCAUUCCUUAUUUCCUUCCUCUUUUCUUUCCCUGUUUCUUUCUUCUUCUUUCCUACAUCUCUUUCCCUCCCCAUUCCUUGUUUUCUUCUUUUUCUCUUUCUUUCUCCAUUACUCGUUUCCUUCUUCAUCUCUUUCCUUCUGCAUUCCUUCUUUUCUUCAUCAUUUUCCUCCCCCCUUACUCAUUUCCUCUUCCUUUCUUUCCUUCCCAUGUCCUUUCCUUCAUCUCUUUCCCCUCUUCCUUCCUUCAUUCUUUGUUUCCUUCUGCCUCUCUUUCCUUCUUCAUUCCUUGUUUCCUUCUGCCUCUCUUUCCUUCUUCAUUCCUUUUUUUCCUUCUCCUCUUUUCCUUCUUCAUUCCUUGUUUCCUUCUGCCUCUCUUUCCUUCUUCAUUCUUUUUCCUUUCCUCUCUUUCCUUCUUCAUUCCUUGUUUCCUUCUGCCUCUCUUUCCUUCUUUGUUCUUUUUUCCUUCUUUCUCUCUUUCCUUUUUCAUUCCUUGUUUCCUUCUGCCUCUCUUUCCUUUUCAUUCCUUUGUUACCUUCUGCCUCUCUUUCCUUUUCAUUCCUUGAUUCCUUCUGCCUCUCCUUCUUCAUUCCUUGUUUCCUUCUGCCUCUCUUUCCUUCUUCAUUCUUUGUUUCCUUUUCUCUUCUUUCCUUCUUCAUUCCUUGUUUCCUUCUGCCUCUCUUUCCUUCUUCAUUCCUUGUUUCCUUCUCCUCUCUUUUCCUUCUUCAUUCCUUGUUUCCUUCUGCCUCUCUUUCCUUCUUCAUGUUUCCUUCUGUUUCUUUUUUCUUCUUCAUUCCUUGUUUCCUUCUGCCUCUCUUUCCUUCUUCAUUCUUUGUUUCCUUCCUUCUUCUCUCUUUUUUCCUUCUUCUUUCCAUGUUUCCUUCUUUCUUUUUUCUUCUUCAUUUCUUUGUUUCCUUCUGCCUCUCUUUCCUUCUUCAUUCUUUGUUUCCUUCUGCCUCUCUUUCUUCUUCUUUCCAUUUUCCUUUUCCAUUUUUCCUUCUUUUUUUUUUCUUUUCAUUCCUUGUUUCCUUCUGCCUCUCUUUCCUUCUUCAUUCCUUGUUUCCUUCUGCCUCUCUUCCUUCUUCAUUCCUUGUUUCCUUCUGCCUCUCUUUCCUUCUUCAUUCCUUGUUUCCUUCUGCCUCUCUUUCCUUCUUCAUUCUUUGUUUCCUUUCUCUUUUUUCUUUUUUCAUUCCUUGUUCUCCUUCUGCCUCUCUUUCCUUUUCAUUCCUUGUUAUCCUGCCUCUCUUUCCUUUUUCAUUCCUUGAUUCAUUCUGCCUCUCUUUCCUUCUUCAUUCUUUGUUUCCUUCUCUCUUUUCCUUCUUCAUUCCUUGUUUCCUUCUGCCUCUCUUUCCUUCUUCAUUCCUUGUUUCCUUCUGCCUCUUUUCCUUCUUCAUUCCUUGUUUCCUUCUUCUCUUCCUUCUUCAUUCUUUUUUUUCUUUCUGCCUCUCUUUUUGCUUCUUCUUUCCAUUUUUCCUGCUUCUUUUUUCUUCUUCAUUCCUUGUUUCCUUCUGCCUCUCUUUUCCUUCUUCAUUCCUUGUUUCCUUCUGCCUCUCUUUUCCUUCUUCAUUCUUUGUUUCCUUUCUCUCUUUUCCUUCUUCAUUCCUUGUUUCCUUCUGCCUCUCUUUCCUUCUUCAUUCCUUGUUUCCUUCUGCCUCUCUUUCCUUCUUCAUUCCUUGUUUCCUUCUGCCUCUCUUUACUUCUUCUUUCCAUGUUUCCUUCUGCUUUUUUUUUUUCUUCUUCAUUCCUUGUUUCCUUCUUCCUCUUUUUCCUUCUUCAUUCUUUGUUUCCUUCUGA